AUGGUGGAAUCAUCUACCAAGUGGAUUUGGCAAAAGGAUUUGGAAAAAAGGCUCAAAAAACGGAAAAUACGGUGAGUUUUGGGGGUUUUUGCGGGUUUUUUGAACUUUUUGGGAAGUUUAAUGCAAAAUACAGAUGAACUGGGUCAAUUUGAUAUGUGUUUUGUCGGAAUUUUUGGGUUGAUGGAUGAAAUUGGGAGUUUACAAAAAGUUUUGUUCCGGAGGGAUCGAACCUGCGACCUUUGGAGUGGUAGUCGUAAGUCACUACCAAUAUACUAAAUUGACACUGGUGGCGUUUUGGCUGGAAAUCGUGGGAAAUUGAUUUUUUGGAUGAAAUUAUGGGGAAAUAAGUGGUGUUUGAUGCUAAUUAACAUACGUAGAGAUAAAAAAGAUGUAAAUUUUCAUGUAGCACUGUAAUUUUCGGUUUUCAGGGUACAAAAACACGUCCGAGAUGUCGCCCUCCCCAUCAUGACCAAUAUCAUCCAGCCGAUUUACGAUGGACGGCGAACGAGCAUCAAGGACACUACCUCCAAUCCAACCAUGCCAAAUCCCCGAGCGAAUUCGAUUAUUUCUUCGAAAAAACAUAAUUUUUUUUGGAUAUUUUCUUUCAAUUCUCGGAAUUACAGUAAAUUGUAA